AUGCGGGGGUGGCCCGUAGUAUCUACGUAUAUACCCACCGACCUUCCCUUGUCCGGUUUUUCAUUUGGCCGUCCCCUUCCUCCCCUUUGUUCUCAGACAACCGCCCAUGUGGUUGUGGAUCGCUGGCUGGUAGCACUUCACUUGUGCAUGAUGAUGCUCUUUUCACCGCCAAGGUGCGACUUUCGCGUACCUUCCGCAUCUGGACGGCAAACGGUUGCCGUCCCCUUCACUACUCAAACCCCAUCUGUGCUUGCUUGGCUCGUCGACUCUCUAUCCACGUCGCCCUCACCUCGAACCCGCGAACCCGCGAACCAGCCUUCCUCCGUACGCAGCUCUCACCCACACUCCUCUCCGCAACCAUCCUCACCAAGCGACAACAAAGAACCACGAACCUCUCUCUCCUGUCCCAUGUCGUUCGACUAUGAUUACUACCCGUGCGGCCCACGGUCACCUGCGUUUGAACCCAUCUUGGGCAGCAUCACCGAGGCCGCCGAGUUCGAAGAUGCAUCAGACGUCGAGGUCGAAGCUAAACCAGUCAGGCCAGCACUCACCAAGAUCGACUCUGCCUCUCAGGAUGUGCCCGAGGCCUUUAUCCCUGACAUAUCCAUUGGUGUGCCAGAGCUCACGACCAAGACUGCCAAAGGCACGGUCAUCCAAUUUGCGCGCAUGACGACAGCCAAAGCCACUUCAGUUCGGCGCGUGCUCCGCAAAGUGCUUGAAGCGGACAAGGUGCGCCGUCGCAAGGCCCUCAAAGUCUACCUCAAGGCCCUUACCUUCUUGCGCUACAUGCUGAAGGCCCACGACCGCUACGGAUCCGCGAUGAUGACGACCGGCAUGUACAUGCCGCGGUGA